AAAGAGUCGGCUUCUUCCGGCCGAGCUCCUCGCCGAGCGAACUGGGACUAGCGGCCCGGACUUAUUUCUCGGCCGUCUCCGGAAAGACUCGCCUUCACUUGUCACUGGCAAGGCAGGGAGUAGCGUCUGGCUAGCUUUCGGGAGCUUCCGGAAAGACUCGGCUCGUUCCGUCCCAGGCUCGACGCUGGCAGGAGGCGGCGGCGGCGGGGCGUGCGUGGCGCGGGGCGGCAGGCUGGCUGGCUCGGGGAUGGCGUCCCCCUCGCGGAGGCUGCAGACCAAGCCGGUCAUCACCUGUCUCAAGAGCGUCCUCAUCAUCUACAGCUUCGUGUUCUGGUUCUCUGGCAUUAUCCUCCUGGCGGUUGGCAUCUGGGGGAAAGUGAGCCUGGAGGUGUAUUUCUCCCUGUUAGAUGAGAAGGCUACCAACGUUCCCUACAUCCUGAUCGGGGCAAGCGGCGUUGUCAUCCUCCUGGGCACCUUUGGUUGCUUUGCCACCUGCCGGGGAAGCACAUGGAUGCUGAAAUUGUAUGGCAUGCUCUUAACCCUCAUCUUCCUGGUCGUGCUGGUGGCGGCCAUUGUGGGCUUUGUUUUCAGACACGAGAUUAAGAACAGCUUUAGGGCAAACUAUGAGCGUGCCGUGGAGGAGUACAAGGGGAUCACGGAUGAACAAAGCCGGGCAGUUGAUACCAUCCAGAGCACAUUACACUGCUGUGGUGUUGCAAACUUCACAGAUUGGGAGAAGACUGAGUACUUCAAAGAGAAAGGGAUACCUGCAAGCUGCUGUAAGACCCAGUUGAACUGUACGAUGGCAGAUAUGAAAGAUCCGGACAGAGCCAAGGGAAAGGUGUUCGAUAAAGGUUGCUUCAGUAUGGUGACACAGACAAUGGAGUCCAAACUGAGCAUUGUCGCUGGGAUCUCAUUUGGCAUCGCUUGCUUCCAGUUGGUUGGGAUCUUCCUUGCCUGUUGCCUCUCCCGGUCCAUCACAAAUAAUCAAUAUGAGAUGGUAUAACUCCCAAGGUUUUGCAACUCACUACAAGAAUUUUGGGACACUUUAUAAAACAUGGAAAAAAUAACACUUUUGAGAACCACUUCCUUGCUUCCAACCUGCUGAAAUCCCAUUUGACUAGACCGAUCCCUUCUGAAGCUGCCUGUUCUUCAGGGAACCGGAUGCAACCAUGGAUGUUCUUCUCCUCUGGGGAUGUUGUCAUGGCGGUAUUUUGAAUGAGUGCCGAAUGGGACACUUAGCUGUAGGGGAGACUGUGAAUAGGUCUUUCGAGAAGGGAGAGUGGUUUACUGCAUGGCUCCAGGCAUACUGAAUUGAGGACCUGGCUUUCUGAAGGCCAGGCCUUACAGCAGGAGAGAAUUCUGUUCAGGCUGUCGAUUUUGUCUCCGUGUCUUUGCCACUUGAUUGAUUGGCUGUUUAAUUUGGUUUCCUGAAAGCUGUGCGUUACUCAAAUCUCCGUACAGGUGUCACGUUGAGACAAGGAAGCAGACGAGCACAAGGCCGCCACUCCUUGCAGUAAACCAGUAUAUCCUUGCAGUUGGAUUUUGGGAAGCCAUAGAUAGUUGAGGACACUAAGGUCAUAUUUUGCACAAACCGUACUGAACCUAAAUGUGUGCUAAGCCGCUUCUGGCUCUCUUUUCUCUGAGGCAAGAGCAGCCGUGGACCUUGGGGGGGAAGGGAACCCCGGUACCCCUGAGCUGCUCUUCCUUGCUGCCAGGGUGGUCUUUCUUCAUCCCUUCCCAGAACACCUGGAUCAGUCCUUCUUACCGCAGUGAUCCCUGUCGAAGUAUCUGGUGCUCUCUUAUUCAUACGGGACACAUCCCAAGUAACUUCAGCUAGUGCUGAUUUCUCGAGGUCUUCUCCUGAUCGCUUGCCUAUUUGGGAAGGAAACCUGUGUGUGUCUUUCGUUGUCUCGGGAGGGUGGCAGUCUGCAUUCAUUCAUCGCUCCCUCCUCUCUCAGAAUCACAUCCCGCGUAGCUGGUCUUGUCGGCAGUCAGCUGGAUGCCGUCAGCAGCAGAGCAGACUGCCAAGGUGAGGCAAGGGGGGGAUCGUUCCUUUUUGUGCCCGUAGAAACGAGGGCCAGCCUUCCCAACCCUUCCCUGCCUUUUGGCAGGACCUCGGCUCGAUUUCCUGCAUCCUUCCCCAGCUGAGGUUUUUGUAUUUCCUUUAAGUACUUUGAUAAAGCCUUGAGUUUUGUUCUGUUUUUUAAAUUGGGAUGUAGCGAACUUUUUGAUUGUGCUCCGAGGCUCCGCGGGGAGCCGUUAGCCUUAGCAAUCACCGCCCCGCUGGGUUGGUGUGAUUUUGAUCCGUCAGUAUUACGGGAUGCUUUAAACACACGGGGGUGUUAUGUAUUAAAUAGAAAUCCUCUUGUCUUGAAAACAAAAUAAAGAAUUACGUGC